AUGACUACUAGGAAGAUCAAAAAUUUCACUUCGAAUUUCGGACCUCAACAUCCUGCUGCUCAUGGUGUUUCACGAUUAGUAUUGGAAAUGAACGGAGAAGUGGUGGAACGUGCAGAACCACAUAUUGGAUUACUCCAUAGAGGGACUGAGAAAUUAAUAGAGUACAAAACUUAUCUUCAAGCUUUACCUUAUUUUGAUCGUUUAGACUAUGUUUCUAUGAUGGCCCAAGAACACGCUCAUUCUUCAGCCGUAGAGAGACUUUUGAAUUGCGAGGUACCAUUACGAGCUCAAUAUAUACGAGUGUUAUUCCGUGAAAUAACUCGAAUUUCAAAUCAUUCACUUGCUUUAACUACUCAUGCUAUGGAUGUGGGAGCAUUAACUCCGUUCCUGUGGGCUUUUGAGGAGCGAGAGAAAUUGUUGGAAUUCUAUGAAAGAGUCCCGGGAGCCAGGAUGCAUGCCAGUUUCAUACGACCAGGUGGAGUGGCACAAGAUCUGCCUCUUGGCUUAUGUCGAGAUAUUGAUUCCUCCACACAACAAUUUGCUUCUCGUAUCGACGAAUUAGAAGAGAUGUCAACCGGCAACCGUAUCUGGAAACAACGAUUAGUGGAUAUUGGUACUGUCACUGCGCAGCAAGCAAAGGAUUGGGGAUUCAGUGGUGUAAUGUUAAGAGGUCCAGGGGUAUGCUGGGAUUUGCGAAGAGCAGCACCUUACGAUGUUUAUGACCAAUUGGAUUUUGACGUACCAGUAGGUACCAGAGGAGAUCGCUAUGAUCGUUACUGUAUCCGUAUCGAAGAGAUGCGACAAAGUGUUCGGAUCAUUGUGCAAUGUCUUAAUCAAAUGCCUAGUGGCAUGAUCAAAGCCGAUGAUCGUAAGCUAUGUCCUCCAUCACGACAUCGAAUGAAACUAUCCAUGGAAUCCUCAAUUCACCAUUUCGAACCUUAUACAGAAGGUUUUUCCGUACCAGCUCCUUCUACCUAUACCGCAGUUGAAGCACCUAAAGGAGAAUUUGGUGUCUUUCUGGUCAGUAAUGCAAGCAAUCGUCCUUACCGUCGUAAAAUAAGAGCACCUGGCUCUGCCCAUUCACAAGGACUCGAUUCUAUGUCCAAACAUCACAUGCCAGCCGAUGUGGUCACCAUCAUAGGUACUCAAGAUAUUGUGUCUGGAGAGGUGGAUAGAUAG